ACCUCAGCAGAGCACUGACACUUUUAACUGUCUGAAUUCAUGAAGUAAUGCAACAAAAUCCCACAACUUGGAGCGACUGCCUCAGAGUUGGAGACCUCAGAAGCAGUCGUCAGGAAAAAUGAAGAUGUGGACUUAUUUAUGAAACCCAGAAACGUCUUCAAAAUGCCUGCAGUCCAUCAGCCAUCAAGAUCUUCAAUUCGGGGACAUAAAGCAUCAAAAUCAUGGGCUCAAACGAAAGCUGGAUUGUCAAAGCUAAUAGUCACCAAUCAACCCAUCCACAUCGUCUCCACCAUGUCUACUCACAAUGCCUCAGUUCAUCCAACUUCUGGUUCCUUUGAAGACCUGCUGGACCACAUUCCCUUACCGCAAUGGGCAAUCUAUGCAAUCUUUGGACUGGGUGGCCUCAUUAUUCUGCUAUGUUGCCUCUGCAUCUGCAUUAAAUGUUGCUGCAAAAGGAAGAAGAGACAGAAAAAGGAUCAGCAGAUCCUUUUGAAGGGGUUAGAUGGAAAAACAGCCACGGCUCUGGCUCAGCCAGACAUGGAGGAUAUUAACUACGGUUCAGUCAAACAAUAUAGAGGAAAACUACUUUACUCUUUGGAGUACAACGCCACUUUAUCUGAGCUUACAGUGGGGAUCAAACAAGCUGACAGCCUGAAGGCGAUGGACUUGGGCAGGAGUUCUGAUCCAUAUGUCAAAGUCUACAUUCUCCCUGACAAGGCCAAGAUUUUUGAGACGAAAGUGUUCAAAAACACAUUAAACCCCUUCUUCAACGAGCAGUUCACCUUCCAGCUAUCUAAGUCUGCUCUUCAGAAGUCCACAGCCGUGAUGAAGGUGUUCGACUUCAACCGCUUCACCAAACAUGAGAUCAUCGGCGAACUCAGGGUGCAGCUCUGCAACAUUGACCAGAAUCACGUCAUCGAGGAGUGGCAGGACCUGGCGAAGCCCGCCAAGUUUGAGGAAGAAAACUUWGGGGAGAUCUGCUUCUCUCUGUGCUAUGUUCCAACAAGCAGCAAGCUCACCGUGGCGAUCCUGGAGGCCAAAGACCUAAAGAGCAUGGACCUGGGAGGAAGCUCAGAUCCGUAUGUGAAAGUACAGCUGACUUUGAACAAAAGGAAGUGGAAGAAAAGAAUAACAUCUAUUAAGAAGAAAAGUCUGAACCCCUAUUUCAACGAGWCCUUUACUUUUGAUGUGUCACUGGAUCAAAUACAGAGGGUGAACCUGGUGAUCUCAGUUUGGGACCAUGACGCCAUGAGCAGGAACGACAGCAUGGGAAAACUGUUCCUGGGCUGCGAUUCCACAGGAAAUCAGCUGAGGCACUGGGCCGACAUGCUGUCCAACCCGCGGCGACCGGUCGCUCAGUGGCACAGCCUGCUGUCGGCUGAGCAGGUCAACGCCAGCCUGGGACUGAAAAAGAAAAUCCCUGUUCCCAACAAAUUUAAAGAAAAUAAACUAUUAAAAAAACAUUUUAAAUAGACAGGAAAGUAUUCUGAAAAAAUUAUUUUCCUGUGUAUCAGUAAUGUUGAUCACACUGUAGGAUAUGCAUGUAGGACUCACAUUUGGGCAACAAAAUUUGAUCACAKUAAGAAUACCUCAACAAUUUUGUAAUAUCAUACUUUAUCCRUGUAAAAAUACCCCUGGUUACAUUCUCGUGUAAAAUCUGUGCAAACCAGAGUUUGGAUUUUGAGAAAAUCUCCUUAAAUAGUUCAUCAGGUCAAAUGAUGUGUCUGAGUUAUGAAGCAUGGAUUUUUGGAAGCUCACCCAGAUUUACCGAUUGAAUUCACAUUUCAAGCAUUCAUGUCUCCUGAACGCUUUCACAUUUUAUGAAGGUACGGCCACAAACAUUAAUGUAUUUCAUUACGGUUUUAUAUAACAGCAUGAUUGUAAAGAGAAAGCAAAAUACAUUGUUUUCAAUUAUAUAUUUUUAGUUUUUAUAAAUAAAUAAAUGUAAAAAGUGUGUCAUGUAUACUUUGCUGAACCAUGUCUCCUGUCUUUGGAAUAUGUCCACCAUUAGUGUUUUGAAAAGAAUAUGGAGAAACGUCUGAUGCAGAUGUUAUGCAUAGUGCUGAUGCCAAACUGAUGGCUUUAUCUCUCUCUCUCAAAWUGUGACUGGAUAAACAAAUGGAACUCAGAGGAAACUUAUUUUUGCUGGUUUAUAACCAAAAUAUUCUGUUGCUUUUCAACAAUACUUAGGGUACUUCAAGCUUGUCUUGUUUACUUAGAAAUAAACCUCCAGACCAAUACAAUUAACGUUUCUCCCUUUUCCAACUUAUCCUUUUUGUUUGGUAUAGUCUGCAUUUGUAAAAUACAAUUUAAAUGUGUAUUUUUCAUAACGUUGAGAAAUACCUCUUGUAACAGUUGAUAUUUCUGGUUGCUGCCAUAUUAAAUCAGGGUAAAACUCUCUGAAUGUUGAACARAUAUAUCGCCWUUAAGAGAAGUCAACUCUGAGUUUAUUAAUGUUCAUAAUCUGUUGGUUGUUCUUUAUAAAAAUUUUGAAUAGUUUUGAUAAGUAAAUAUUGUCGCCUUCCUAAAAUAAUGGCCUAUGUCAUUUUUUGUCAACAUUUCUUUCUUUUUUUACCUAAUUCUUUGACAAUGAAGAGGUGGUGAUUUUAUUAUU